AUGCCACUAUCUUUGGCGUAUGAUCUAGCUAUUGGUCUCUUCAAAAUGCGUCGUGGUGCUGGAAUCGGAGCUAUAAAAAAUUACAACUUAGCCCAGGCAAAAUACAAAGAAAAAGGUGGUGAACUGGCCGAAACGCAACUGGCGAAUUUGUCACGUCAAUUGGAUCAAUUACGUCAGUCGUUGGAGGCAUUCGCUGCCAAACAUGGGAGUAAAAUAAAAAAUGAUCCCCAAUUUCGGGGACAAUUCCAGGCCAUGUGUGCCAGUAUUGGUGUCGAUCCUAUCUCUUAUAGUCGUGGCUGUUGGUCAGAAACAUUGGGUUUGGGUGAAUUCUACUACCAUCUUGGAGUUCGGAUUAUUGAAGUGUGUAUGGCGAAUGAAAAACGGACCGGUGGAAUCAUGCCUCUGGAUGAACUAGUCGCUCAGUUAAAUCGAACUCGAAGUGCCUACUCCUCAGAAAUCGGUCACGAUGAUGUGCAACGAUCAAUCAAGAAGUUACGUUGCUUGGGGACCGGGUUUAUGCUGAUUCGUCUGGCUGGGGGGCGUUCUUUGGUACAGUCCGUACCGGGUGAGAUGAGUAUGGACAAAACAAACGUUCUUGGUCUGGCAGAAACUGGUUCGGGGCGAACGACUCUGUCUGAAUGUUGCCGAAAUUUCAAUUGGAACGAGGAUCGGGCCGUAGCUGCUCUCAAUCAUCUUGUUCAAGAUGGACUGGCUUGGGUGGAUGAUGCAGAUCCCUGUGGGGAGUGUAGCUACUGGUUUCCUAGUCUGUUCCCCGGUUGCAGCCAGAAAAUGUGA